CGGGCCGGGCCUUGCAAAUUCAGGGCUCGAUUUCUAGGGCUUCAAAAGAAAAGUUAAUCAUAUAGCAGAGGGUGGACAUUGCAGUUGACCGUAGACUUACAGAUCUAAGUAAAUCUUUCUCGGCAAUUCUCUCAUUCCUGCCGUUGAACUCGUAUAGUAUCAUGAGAAGGUACAGCCCACCACACUAUAGCCCUCCUAGGAGAGGAUACGGAGGUAGAGGAAGAAGCCCUCCGAGAAGGGGAUAUGGUGGUGGUGGUGGUGGUGGUGGAGGUUAUGGAAGACGCAAGGAGCAGAACCAGGGAAGCCUUUUGGUUCGAAAUAUUCCUCUUGAUUGCAGGCCAGAAGAACUUCGAAUUCCAUUUGAGAGAUUCGGGCUUGUUAGGGAUGUCUACAUUCCCAAGGAUUAUUACACUGGUGAACCUCGAGGGUUUGCUUUUGUGCAAUUUGUGGAUCCUUAUGAUGCCUCAGAAGCUCAGUACCACAUGAAUGGGAAGCGUUUUGCUGGAAGGGAAAUAUCUGUUGUUGUUGCUGCAGAGACAAGGAAAAGACCAGAGGAUAUGCGCCAGAGAGCUAGGGUCAGUGGAGGGUCAGGCUACAAUGGACCACGGUCAUCUUAUUAUGGACGUUCUCGGUCACGUUCAGUAUCCCGUUCACGCUCCCCUCGACAUCCUCAAGGUUCUAGAGGUCAUUAUCACUCAAGGUCCUACUCUCCUACCUCAAGACAACAUGAACAUUACUCUGUUUCUCCAAGAAGACAUGCUGAACUCCCAAGAUCACCUAGAGGUCCUCCACAAGAGAGAGGUGUAAAAUACACUCGCAGGGCAUAUUCUCCAGCUUAUGAUGAUGCUGCUGAUCCAAACCAUGGCAAUGAUUAUGGCGAGAAAUCUCUCUAUGACGGAUCCCGGGCUCAUUGGAGGUCUCCACCAGGUGGUGGAGCAUCAGGGUCACCGUCUGGUUCUAGAUCUAGAUCUGCGGAACUGUCUCCUAGACACGGCAGAUAAUAUAAGCCAUUAAGGUGAAGACAUUUUUGGAGACUGGCUGUUAGAUUUUAGCUCAAACAUUAGCUCUUUCCAGGUUUUCAAGCAGCAGUCUGUAGCAUUGUCUCCCCAAAUGUAUGCCUCUUGCAGACAGUGAAAGAAAGCCACGAUAAUAGGCUUGCUUGUAUGUGUGGAAGAAACUGUAACCAAUUGCACCAGUAUCGCCAACGGAUUUGAUUAUUGUUUAGAUGAUGUGCAGAUUAUUGAAUUAAAUAAUAAUUAUUACAUGGAUUAAGAUAA